AUGUCUUCAUUACGUUCACUUGGCUGUCUAGCAAGUCGGUACGGAGCGCGUCAAUUCGUCCGCCCAUCAGCAUUGACUACCAAUGUCCGUACAUCAAUCAUCCUGCGUCGUAACUACGCAACAGCUCCUCCAGCAGGAAACAAUGGUUCAGGAUCUAAUCCUUUGCUAUGGAUUGGUUGUAUUUCCCUCGGUGCUGCUUAUACGUAUUAUCAAAAAAAGAGAGCAGACCAGAUUGAUCAAGCUGUCCAUAAAGAACAACUCGAGAAUACUGCAAACGCACCUUCUUCAAAAGCACAGGAGAAGAAGGAAGAUCCUAAACCCAGGAGUGAAUCAGAAUCAAAGGACAAUAUGAACACUAGAAAGGAACCCACCAACAAGCCUGAUGAUUCCAAAAAGACAGCUCCUGAGAAGAAUAUCAAUUAUCAACAGGUCUACAAUGACAUUGCCGAGUUGUUAGAUUCCAAUGAAGACUAUGAUGAUGGAUCAUACGGGCCCGUUCUCUUGCGUCUUGCCUGGCAUUCAUCUGGCACCUACAAUGCGGAGGAUGGCUCUGGCGGUAGUAAUGGUGGUACAAUGCGUUUUAGAGCCGAGGCAGAACAUGCUGCUAACAAUGGCUUGGAAGUCGCUCGUAAUCUUCUUGAAAAGCAUAUUAAGCCAAAGUAUCCCGAACUUAGUUAUGGUGACAUGUAUACUCUAGGUGGUGUUGUAGCUAUCCAAGAGCUUGGCGGCCCUAACAUCAAAUGGAGACCUGGUCGCAGAGAUCAAGGUGAUAAUAAAUGCACCCCAGAUGGUCGUCUUCCUGAUGGAUCCAAAAAGGCUGAUCAUGUGCGUGAUGUAUUUUAUCGUAUGGGAUUCAAUGAUCACGAAAUUGUCGCAUUGAUUGGCGGCCAUGCUUUAGGUAGAUGCCAUCUUGAUCGCAGCGGUUAUGAUGGACCAUGGCAAGAAGCACCUACUUUCUUCUCCAAUGAAUAUUACAAGGCCAUCACCUCGCGUGAAUGGGUCAAGAGAGAUCUUCCUAAUGGAUUGUGGCAAUGGGUUGAUAAAGCCAACCCCGAAGUCAUGAUGUUGCCUAUUGAAAUCACCAUGUUGGAGGAUGAAAAGCUGAAGCCUUAUUUCGAGUUGUAUGCAAAGGAUACUGCUGUCUUCUUUGACGAUUUUGCCAAUGCCUUUAAAAAGUUGAUUGAAUUGGGUGUUCCCUUUACUGGAGAUGAGAAGGAGUAUGUUUUUGAAAGACUCAACAUGUAA